UGAGCUCGUAUUGUACAUCCUUCAGGAACGUCUCACUGAUAGUUAAUUCAGGAAGACUAACUACCAGCAAUUGAGGUAGUUCGUGCUGGAGUUUCAUUACCUGGAAAAACAAUUUUUAGUGGAUACUCCUCAAUAAUGCAGAUGUUGACUGAUGAAGAUGACCCACCUAUCUUUACGUGUGAUAUUUUCAUCACGUAAGUACCUAUAGACAUAACGAGAUACUAAUUCUUCAGAAAAAUGGUCUCGAAAAAAUUCGCUAUAAUAAUCACCUUGCAGUUUGUUUUGUUCAUCCUCUUCCUCAUCCUGGGAAAAUACGAUGAAGAUUAUAAUGUGGACGAUUAUCCUUUAUUCCAAGAUAUUCAUGUUAUGGUUUUCAUUGGAUUUGGAUUCCUGAUGACAUUCUUGAAAAGAUACGCAUUCAGUUCCUUAGGAUUUAAUUUUCUCCUAGGAGCAAUAAUGGUACAAUGGUCUAUUCUAUGUCUAGGAUUUUAUAAUUUGAACGAGCAUCAGCAAAUUCCAAUCAAUCUGAAAAGUUUGUUUACCGCAGACAUAUCGUCAUGUUCUGUAUUGAUAUCGAUGGGAGUCAUCUUAGGGACUACCACAUAUUUACAACUCUUGAUGAUGGGAUUAGUAGAAAUUAUUUUCUUCUCACUCAAUAACCAUAUUAAUUCAGAUUUGAUAAAGGCUUGUGAUACAGGAGGUUCUGUGGUGCUACAUACUUUUGGUGCGUACUUCGGUAUGGGUGUCAGUUUAAUAAUUGGAAGAGGGAAAAUAAUAGAAAGCAAAUAUGAAUGUUCUAGAUACACCUCAGACAUAUUUGCUAUGAUUGGUACCAUAUUCUUGUGGCUCUAUUGGCCAAGCUUCAACAGUAUAUCAUUACAACAAGACCUAAAAUUCAGAGCCAUAAUCAAUACUUAUCUAUCAUUGGCCUCAAGUUGCGUUACAACUUUCGCUGUUUCUUCCUGGUUCAAUGAUGAUGGUAAGCUGGAAAUGGUGCAUAUCCAGAAUGCUACUUUGGCAGGAGGUGUAGCAAUAGGUUCCUCUGCCAGCCUUUUGAUUCAGCCUUACGGAGCUGUACUGGUUGGGAUUAUAGCUGGAAUCAUAUCUGUAGUCGGAUAUAGAAAACUGACGCCAUGGUUGGACAACAAAUGGAACAUUCACGAUACCUGUGGUGUACACAAUCUACACGGCCUGCCAGGAGUUUUGGGUGGUUUGAUAGGUGCUUUCAUGGCUUGCUUGGCAACUGAAGAAGAUUAUGGUAAUUCCUUAUACGAAUUAUAUCCAGCAAGAUCUAAGAUUUUUCGUGAAGAAACCAUAAAUUCAACCGUUGGAUUGAGCAAAGAAAAUGUGGAUGGAAGAAGUGCUAUGACUCAGACUGGAUUUCAAAUGUUAUCUAUUAUGGUAACAGUUUUAUUUGCGUCGAUAUCUGGCAUUGUAACAGGAAUUUUUAUGAAUCUCAGAAGUUCGGAAUUGAGCUCCGAUGAAUUUUUUAUGGACAUACCGUUCUGGAAACUGGAUGGAGAUGGAGAUCAUGCAGAUACUAUAGAAGUGAUGCCUACAGCUAUGUCCCAUCAUUUACGAAGACAUAUUGAGAAAAUUAUAUAGAACUUUUCAUUUAUGUGAUGGUUAUAGGUAUUGAUAAGGUAGCUAGGCAAUUUUGUUUUUGGAUUGAUUCAAAAAGCUCCAUUUGGAUCAAACUUAAAAAUAAUAAAAUAUAGCUCUAGGAUAACUACAUGCCAGAAGUCGACUAAGAGUCCUCUAAUUUUUGAUUGAAAUAAAACAAUGAUUCUCUCCAGAAAAUUUUCCAUAUGGAUAAUUUAGUCAAUUUCAUACUUCUAGUAGUUGUUGUUUAUUCUUGAGAAAGUAUAUAGUGUUUUAUGAGGCAAACUAAAAAAGCAGAAAACAAUAUUGCUUCUGGGAAGCACAUAGUUAUCAAUACCUC